ACAUUCCCUCCUCCUUCAAACGCCAUUAAUCCUUUCUCUGCCUUAGCUCUGCGACUUCUUUUGCUCCUUCUCCUCCUUCUUCUUCUUUAUCAUUUAUCGUUGUUUAGCGAGUAGUGAUCGGCAAUGCAUUACCAGACGGAAUCGUGGGGGUCUUAUAUGUCGUCAAGGAGCGCAAGCGACCCACUGGAGCGAGUUCAGAGACUCGCCUCUGAGAACGCGGUUGUGAUCUUCAGCAUCAGCAGUUGUUGCAUGUGUCACGCCAUCAAGAGGCUCUUCUGUGGGAUGGGUGUGAACCCUACUGUGUACGAGCUGGACGAGGAUCCGAGAGGGAAGGAGAUGGAGAAAGCCCUCAUGAGGCUUCUCGGUACUUCUUCUGCUGUUCCCGUCGUCUUUAUCGGUGGGAAGCUCGUUGGAGCCAUGGACAGAGUCAUGGCGUCCCAUAUCAAUGGGACUUUGGUCCCGCUCCUCAAGGAGGCCGGAGCUCUCUGGCUCUGAAAGUACAUGAAAAAGGAGGAGGGGAGUGGGUUUGUUUGGUUGAUCUCCUCCAUUUUGGCAUCUGGAUACACUACCAAUGACUUUCUCUUUUCUUUUUGUCUUAGGCUUUUUUUUUUUUUUUUUUUUUUGGUUAUUUCACUUUUUUUGUGGGUACUGGGUUCUUCUUCUUCCUUUUGGUUAUUUUCUAAUGGAUGUUGCAGAAUGCAGAGAGAACUGUAGUCGAUCCCUCCUCUGUAUAGAAAGAAAAGGAAAAGUUGGGGAAAAAAAUAUUUAUAGUUAUCUUUAAUUGGUCU